AUGACGAAGAUGUUCCUCGUCUCGACGCACCUCGCCUACCCCGCGGCGAAGAUCCUCGACGGCUCCUGCGCCGUCGGAGACGGCGCCGAGGCCGCGUUCGACUACCUCUACCCGGGCGUCCCGCCGCGGUCCCGCUCCGUGCACCGCGGCGCGCUCCUGUCCAUCCUCAACGACGCCCUCGGCACGCCGGCCAAGGUCGACGCCCUCGAGCCCCGGCUGCUGCCGAUGCUCAGGUUCGUCGCCGCCGCGGCGCGCGCGCGCUUCGGCUCCAUGUUCGCGCCCGUCGUCAGCGAGUCCAUCACGCCCUACGACCUCCAGGUCAACCUCUGCGAGUGGCGCAAGUUCCGCACCAAGGUCGACCGCAAGCGCCUCUGCCGCCGCGGCGCCGUCCUCGACCGCGGCCGCGCGGAGCGCGCGGCCGCGGACGCGCGCAAGCAGCGCAAGUCGCCGAGCGCCGCCCUCGCGAACGUCGCCGUCCCGGCGUCCUACUACGGCGGCUCGCCCGUCGAGGCGUCGGCCGCGGGGCUGCUCAUGAUGCACGCGUCCUAA